AUGGCCAAUUGUGGAAGUCCUGAAGACCUGUGUACAGGCCACCCUGGGAACGAGACUGGAGGUUUGUGCCCUGGCCACUCUGGGAAGGAGACAUACAGCAGGGAGGACCAGACAAGUGCUGAUCAAGCCUUUCUUGAAUUGGCUGCUGCCAGACCACCAGACAUUGUCGGAGAGCAUGUCAGAGAAGACAAAGCUUCAUGCGCGGGAACGUUUGAUGUGAAGGUUGAGAGGACUGAUUCCUUGUCCACAUGUUUACAAACAGAGGAUCCUGACGAAGCUCUACUUCAAAACAAGACAACAGACACGGGCGGGCAGCGGGACAGGGGAGGGCGAGAUUUGGAAGAGGAGACGUUUUAUUGGGAGGUGAAGAAAACUGGCUCGUCAUCACAGCUAGAAAAGGGGGAAAUCCUGAAGCCUGAGCUCAGUGCUGAGAAACCCUACAUGUGUGGGGAGUGUGGGUUCAGGACAAAACAGAAAAAAGGAAUGGCCAGUCCCAGCUGUGGAGGUUCUACUGGAGGUUUGUGUCCUGACCUGCCUGGCUACUCGGGGAACGACACUGAAGGUUUGUGCCCUGGACACCCUGGGAACGAGACUGAUGAAGGUUUGUGCCCUGGCCACUCUGGGAACAAGACUGAAGGCUUGUGCCAUGGCCACCCUGGGAACGAGACUGAAGGUUUGUGCCCUGGCCACCCUGGGAACGAGACUGAUGGUUUAUGCACUGGCCACCCUGGGAACGAGACUGAAGGAGAAAAACCUUACAAGAGUGACCAGUGUGACUAUGCGGCAGCAUGGAAGUCCCAUUUGGACAAGCAUCUGACCAAACACACCAGUGAGAAACCCUACAUGUGUGGGGAGUGUGGGUACAGGGCAGCUUACAAGUCCGACUUAUCCAGACAUAUGAGAACACAUACCGUAGAAAAACCCUACAAGUGUGACCAGUGUGACUAUUCUGCUGCAGAAAAAUCCAAUUUGGUCCGACAUGUUACAAAACACACCAGUGAGAAACCCUACAUGUGUGGGGAGUGUGGGUAUAGGACAACUCAGAAACAUACCUUAUUAAGACAUAUGAGAACUCAUACUGGUGAAAAACCCUACAAGUGUGAUCAGUGCGACUAUUCUGCUGCAGAGAAAUCCACUUUGGAUGACCACAUGACAAAACACACUGGUCAAAAGCCCUACAUGUGUGGGGAGUGUGGGUACAGGACAGCUCUAAGGGCUAACUUAUCCCGACAUAUGAAGACCCAUACGGGGGGAAAACUCUACAAGUGUGACCAAUGUAACUAUUCUGCAGCACGAAAAUCUGACUUAUCCUUUCAUGUCAAGCGUCAUAGAGGAGAGAAACUCUACAAGUGUGAUCAUUGUGACUAUUCUACUACACAAAAAUCCAGUUUGGACAUUCAUCUAGCAAAACACAGUGAAUGUGGGUACAGGGCAGCUCGCAGGUCUCAUUUAUCCCGACACAAGAGAACUCAUACAGAAGAGAAACCCUACAUGUGUGGGGAGUGUGGAUACAGAACAGAUCGGAAGUGCAACUUAUCCAGACAUAUGAAAACUCAUUCAGGUGAAAAGAUAAACCCUACAUUUGUGACCAGUGAUGACAGGGCAGCUGGAAAGAAUGAGCAGUCCGAACAGAUCAAAACUCACACCGCAUAA